UUCAUCUUCUUCGCCUUCAUCUUCAUCAUCAAACGUCUUCGUAUUCAGUCCACAAAGUUUGAAAAAAAGUUUUUCUAGAAAAGUUUCUUAGUCAAGCUUCUUACCUCAAACCCAAUAAACCAGCUUUUUUACCUCCUAACCCUUAUUUCGUUUUAGUCUAUCGACUUGCUGCAUUCUUUUUACUUUUACUCAUUUUUUUGUGAAACUUUUCCCUGAUUUCAAUUCAUCUUAAAAUACAAUGGAUACUAACAAGAGCGGAUCAAAGCCCAAUUUAAAUGAAUCUCACAUCCCUUUAUUAGAAGAGGAAGGUAAAAUUGAUCAUCCUGAGAAAGAAGAAAAAAUCGAAAUGGAAUCUAAAGUAGAUGGUGACAAGGAUGAAAAAUCUUCCGACGACAAGAAAGACGAUGAUAAAAAAGACAAGAAGAAGGCUAAAAAAGAAAAGACUCCCAAAGAGAAGAAAGAAGGACCCAAAAAGACUCCACUCACUUGCGCUCAAAACUGUACAAUUGGGUUAAAUGUAUUGGAUCGGGAUGAAAAGCACAUCAAUGACCAUGUGAACAUUUAUUUUGAAGAUGUUAUUGCUGAAGCUGAUUCUCUUCACGGAUUUGAAUUCAUCUGGAGAGUAACUUACCUCAUCUUCACCAACUCACGAUGCUGGUUCUAUGGUUUGAUAACAGCCGUCCUCGCACCCUUCUUAGCCAUCUUUUGGGCUUUAAUCUUUGCCAUUUUUUCAGCCGCCAUGGUUUGGAUUCUGAUGCCACUUUUCAAACUUUUUGAGAUAACAAUUCAUUAUGCACACAAGUAUUGGAACGCGGUUGUUCGAUGCCUUUUGGAUCCAGUUUUCGCAGCAGCAGGAUUAUUAUUUGGAAACAUUCGGACACGAAGUGAACAACAUGUUCAUUCUCAUAAUGUUUAACUCCAAUGAAUAGAAUCAAGAAACAAAAUUCUCUUUUGCUCGCAUUUUUUCUGUCUUAGAAACCAAUAAUUUUUAGCAAAUUGUAGCUCAUCAUCAUUCUCCUUAGUUUCCCUCACUCCUCUGUAACCUCAUCUUCAAUCAUCAAAACAGAAUUUAUUUUACUCUCGAACCUCUUAACCUUUUUCUGAUGAUGUAUCCUCUCUCAACCUUCCCUCCUCGAUAAUAAGGUUGAAAAAAGACGUUACUUCAACAGUAACUAAACGAACCAAAUCAACCAACAGCCACCAUAAUCAUGACCAUCAAAGCACAACCUCAACCACAGAUGACCCAAGAAGCAAAUUAUCAACAACCACCCAUCGGACUGCAACAAAUCAGCCUCUUCCUCAUCUACAGUAUUUUGCUGAUGAGUAAAAUCAUUUCCAAAAUAACUAUUUUUAUCGUCAUCAUCUUUUCUCAAUCAACAAUUUAAUUUCUUCACCAUAUGUUAAUGAUUUAGCAACUUAUUGAAAAUAAUAUUCAUUAA